UGGUCAUGGAGGACUGCAACGUGCACUCGGCUGCCAGCAUCCUGGCUUCAGUGAAGGAGCAGGAGGCCCGCUUUGAGCGGCUGACACGGGCAUUGGAGCAGGAACGGCGCCAUGUUGCCCUGCAGCUGGAGCGUGCCCAGCAGCCUGGCAUGGGCAGCGGUGGUGUGGGCAGUGGGCAGCCCUUGUCGAUGGCUUGGCAACAGCUUGUCCUGCAGGAGCAGAGCCCGGGCAGCCAGGCCUCUUUGGCCAUGAUGCCGGAGGCGCCUGAGGUGCUGGAGGAGACAGUGACGGUGGAGGAGGACCCUGGCACCCCCACCUCCCAUGUGUCCAUCGUCACAUCGGAAGAUGGCACCACUCGUCGCACUGAGACCAAGGUCACCAAGACAGUCAAGACGGUGACCACUCGAACAGUGCGCCAGGUGCCCGUGGGCCCCGAUGGCCUCCCCCUGCUGGAUGGCGGCCAUCCACUGGGCCCCUUCACCGAUGGCCCCCUGGACCGACACUUCCUGCUGCGCGGGGGUGGCCCGGCGGCCACGCUCUCCCGCACCUGCCUUGGCAGCGGGGGCGGCUUUCCUGACGAGCCCCGUGACAUCCCCAGCUAUGGCAGCCUGUCCCGCGGGCUGGGUGUGCGGCCUCCUCGCGGAGGCCCCCUGGGCCCAGGCCCUGGUGAUGGCUGCUUCACGCUGCCCAGCCGCCGGGAGGCCUUCCCCGCGGGCCCUGAUCCUGGGCCGCCAGCCGGCCGCUCCCAGCCCGAGCGGUUCCAGGCAGAGCCGUAUGGCUUGGAGGACGACACUCGCAGCCUGGCUGCUGAGGACCAGGGGGGCCCGGAGCUGGAGCCUGACUGUGGCACAGCCGCACGGAGGAGGCCAGACUGUGGGCGGGGCCUGCGCACCAGGGCCUACGAGGACGUGGCGGACGAUGGCGGUGAGCUGAUGGAGGAGCGGCCCCCAUUCCCAGCCACAACAGCGCCCCUGGCCCAGCCGGAACAUGGCAGCCUGGGCAGCCUGGACCGGGCAGUGCGGCGCUCACCCUCGGUGGACAGUGCCCGCAAGGAGCCGCGCUGGCGGGACCCCGAGCUGCCCGAGGUGCUGGCCAUGCUGCGGCACCCUGUGGACCCCGUGAAGGCCAAUGCAGCCGCCUACCUGCAGCACCUGUGCUUCGAGAACGAGGGUGUCAAGCGCCGCGUGCGGCAGCUGCGGGGGCUGCCACUGCUUGUGGCCCUGCUGGACCACCCGCGGGCAGAGGUGCGGCGCCGGGCCUGUGGGGCACUGCGGAACCUCUCGUAUGGCCGGGAUGCUGACAACAAGGCCGCCAUCCGGGACUGCGGCGGUGUGCCUGCCCUGGUGCGCCUGCUGCGGGCCGCCCGGGACAGCGAGGUCCGUGAGCUCGUCACAGGCACACUCUGGAACCUGUCAUCCUACGAACCCCUGAAGAUGGUCAUUAUUGACCACGGCCUGCAGACGCUGACCCAUGAGGUCAUUGUGCCACACUCGGGCUGGGAACCAGAGCCCAACGAAGACUCCAAGCCACGGGAUGCUGAGUGGACAACUGUCUUCAAGAACACAUCAGGCUGCUUGAGGAAUGUGAGCUCAGAUGGUGCGGAGGCCCGGCGGCGACUCCGUGAGUGUGAGGGGCUGGUGGAUGCACUCCUGCACGCCCUGCAGUCGGCCGUGGGCAGGAAGGACACGGACAACAAGUCAGUGGAGAACUGCGUGUGCAUCGUGCGGAACCUCUCCUACCAUGUGCACAAGGAGGUGCCGGGGGCUGACAGGUACCAGGAGGCCGAGCCCAGGCCCCCAGGCAGUGCCAUGGGUGCCCAGCGCCGGAGGAGGGAGGACGCCGGCUGCUUUGGUGGCAAGAAGGCCAAAGAAGAGUGGUUCCAUGAAGGGAAGAGGGACGGUGAGAUGGACCUGAACUUGGACUCGCUGGACCUACCCGGGCGGACUGAGGCUGCCAAAGGCUUUGAGCUGCUGUACCAGCCCGAGGUAGUGCGUCUCUACCUGUCCCUCCUGACGGAGAGUCGGAACUUCAACACUCUGGAGGCCGCAGCCGGUGCCCUGCAGAACCUCAGUGCCGGCAACUGGGUGUGGGCCACGUACAUCCGCGCCACAGUGCGCAAGGAGCGCGGGCUGCCGGUGCUGGUGGAGCUGCUGCAGUCGGAGACCGACAAGGUGGUGCGCGCCGUCGCCAUCGCCCUGCGCAACCUCUCGCUGGAUCGGCGCAACAAGGACCUCAUCGGGAGCUACGCCAUGGCCGAGCUCGUGCGAAAUGUGCGCAGCGCGCAGGCACCCGCGCGGCCCGGGGCCUGUCUGGAGGAGGACACAGUGGUGGCCGUGCUCAACACCAUCCAUGAGAUCGUGUCUGACAGCCUGGACAAUGCGCGCUCGCUGCUGCAGGCCCGCGGCGUGCCUGCGCUGGUGGCACUUGGUGCCUCCAGCCAAUCGGUGCGCGAGGCGAAGGCUGCAUCCCACGUGCUGCAGACGGUGUGGAGUUACAAGGAGCUGCGUGGUGCCCUGCAGAGGGACGGCUGGACCAAGGCGCGCUUCCAGUCGGGUUCUGCUAGUGCCAAGGGCCCCAAGGCACCACCAAGUCCCGGAGGCUUGGACGAUAGCACGCUGCCGCUGGUGGACAAGAGCCUGGACGGCGAGAAGCCAGGCAGCCAGGACGUGAUCCCCAUGGAGGCACUUGGCCCAGAUGGAUACUCCGCCGUUGACCGGAGGGAGUGCAGGGCUCGAGGCAGUGACCCUGCAGGGGAGGCCUCUGAGAAGGAGACGUUGAAACCCGACCCCGGCAGGAAGGCUCCUCCUCCCGGGCCCAGCAGACCCGCGGUCAGGCUGGUGGACACCGUGGGGGAUGCUAAGCCUCAGCCUGUUGACUCCUGGGUCUAGCUUGCAUGCCUGG